AUGGCGUUCUCUACCUCACGCUCAUGCACCGGAAGGAAAAACAUGCGAAAGUUGGAUGACGAUGCGGACCGACUACGCUCCGACCUACCUUGGUGUUUGCUUCACUUUCACUUUCACUGGCCUCCCAACCACCCCCCCUCACCCACAACCCACAACCAACCCGUUCCCGACCCCCUCGCGCACUUCCACUCCAUCCCCUGGUGUCACGCCCUCCUCACCCACCGCAGCAUCCUCCACACCGCCAUCCCAGACCGCACGCCCAUCGCCACGACCGAAUCCUCGCUCGUGCGCGAGACGCUCAACACGCCGCGCACCGUGACAGCAUGCCUGACCUUUCUGCGCUAUGUGAAGGACGAGGCCGAUAACACCGAUAACACCAAGCCCAAUAACACCGAUAACACUAACGAUAACAGUAACAGUAAUUGCAAUGCCCAGUUUCGCAUGAGUGAGAAAGAGAUCGAGGCGGCGAUGAAAGCUAGGGGCGAAGACAAGGAGAAUCCGUUCCUGGAAUUCGGAGCCCUGGUUGAUCUCAGGGACGGCGUGAACGGGUAUGCGAAGACGGCGCACGGCGGGUUCUUUGGCGUCGUUUUGGAUGAGGUUAUGGGGACUGCGGCGAAUGCUCAGGCUAAAUAUGGAGCUUUCACGGCUGCUUUGACGGUUAGGUAUAAGAAACCCCUUUAUACACCUAGUGUUGUGGUGGUUAGGGGGAGGGUGGUGGAGAAGAAGGGUAGGAAGUUGACUGUCAAGGGGAGUUUUGCGGAUGCUGAGGGAAAUGUACUUGCGGAGGCUGAUGGGGUUUGGGUUACGGUUGAUAAGGAUAUUGGGAGGUGGACUGAUGCUAAGUUGUAA